AUGGGUUGGGCAGAAGAUACCAAGCUUAGUGAUCCUUACAUUUUUAUCAAGUCAGAUGAUUUCUUCCAGGGUAUUGACUCAGGUGCUACUCAAGUCAAGCGCCCUCGAACAAUCACCUUAAAUCAGGAUGACCAACUUUUGAGUGAUGGAAAGCUUAACCCCGCUUGUUCUCACGGUCGCAUUUUUCGCUUCGACGAUGGUUCUCUUCUUUUGAUUCAGUUUAUGAGACCCAAGGUUUGGCAGAUUCGUUUCGAUCCUAACAAUCGAAAUGGUGAAGACUUUACCGACUUCAACACCCGAACAAUCGUCAAAGACACUCUGAGUGGCCCUGGUGGUCUCAUUGAAACCCUCGAUGGCCUCGAGAACAUUGAUUGGAAUGUUGAACUCGUCGAAGAUCCUCAAUACAUCAUUUUCCAGUCCGUCCUGAACCCCAACAAUCACAAUCGUCAAAUCCAGCUUCAAAUCUGGAUACAACGAGACCCCUUUCAGAUCACCGUCAUUCGCGUGCUCGAAAGCAACCCUCCUGCCGAGAAGCUCCCUGAGCUCCAGAGCGUUAACUACGCAAGCUCUAAGCAGCUUGAGCUUCCUAGAACUGCAGGCGCACAGGCUGCGAUCAUUUGGAAGACCCGACCUAGGGGCCUGCAAUACACCGAGAGAGCUACAAUUCUGUCCAUCGAGAAGUCUGUCACUGCGGACUUUAUGGGUUUCGGCGAACAAGGCGGAAAAGACUUGUUCAAGAAGAAGACGUACAUGAACUACUUCAAUUUUGACAACAUGAGGUACCAGAACGUCUAUGGAAAAGGACCUCUAGAUGAUCGCGAGCCUCUCUAUCAUUCCGAGCCAUUCUGGAUCGAGGUUGACUCCCACCCUGGAUAUCGAUCACAGGUCUCAACGUUCAUUGACAAUUACUCCCACAUCUGUGUUGAUGUAGGUGUCAAGGAUACAGGCGCAAUUCGCGUCGCGACGCGCUUCAACAGUUUCCGCGCCAUCAUGGUCGCUGCAGACAGUAUGCAGGAUCUCAUCACUUCUUACACUUCUAUUGUCGGCAAACCGCGCCUCAAGCCCCGAUACGUUCUUGGCUACCAUCAGGCCUGCUACGGAUACGACAGUCAAGAAUCUGUCCUCGAGUCAGUCGCUGAAUAUCGCAAGUGCGGCUUCCCAAUUGACGGCAUGCACAUUGAUGUCGAUAUGCAAGACGAUUACCGAACCUUUACCAUCGACAAGCGUGAUAAGCAUUUUCCUGAUCCUGUCCAGAUGUUCAAGACUCUGAGAGAACAGGGUGUUAAGUGUAGUACCAACAUUACUCCAUACAUCAACUCGGUUCCCAGUGACACCUACUCGACUCUCAACGAGGGUCUGAAGGAUGGACGCUUCAUCAAAGAUGACCGCGACGUUGACCCUUCGGCUCCCAAUGUGUGGGAUCAGCGCUAUGUAGGAUGGUCUGUUGGAAACCAGAUCUUCCUCAAUCCCAACACACAGAAGCCACCAUACUUUGAGGAAGACAAGUCGAAGUUCGAAGACAACUUCAACAGUCAGAAGCCUUUCCAUGGUGGUGUUUUCUAUGGGUGGGGAAAUGGUCAUCCUGGUCAUUAUCCCAAUUUGAACAACAAGGACGUUCGAAAGUGGUGGGGUAAGCAGUACAAGUAUCUCUUUGAGUGUGGACUUGAUUUCGUCUGGCAGGACAUGACGGGGCCUUGCAUCGCUGAAGAGUACGGUGAUAUGAAAGGCAGUCUCCCGUUCCGUCUCAACCUUGACUCGGAUGGUUGGUGUCAAGACUCCACCAAGGCCACACGCAAAAAGGCCAUCGAGAUCUGGUCACUCUACAGUUACAAUCUGCACAAAGCCACUUAUCACGGCUUGAACAACAUCCACAAAGUCAGUCCAGAUCUCGAGUGGCGCGAGAACAGACGAAACUUCAUCAUUGGCCGUGGAAGCUUCGUCGGCAGUCACCGUUUCGCAGGUCUAUGGACAGGUGACAACGCCUCUACAUGGGAAUUUCUGGGCAUCUCGGUCGCACAGGUUCUUGCUCUGGGAAUGUCCGGUAUCACCAUCUCCGGCCAAGAUGUAGGUGGAUUCGAGUUUAUUGAUUCUGAGCGCGACUUUGUCAACCCGGAGUUGCUGAUUCGUUGGUAUUCUGCCUACUCUCUUCUUCCGUGGUUCAGAAACCACUAUACCAAGCGACGCGACUGGAUUGAUGGUCCGAGGAAAGGAACGAUGAGGAAGGAUGGCAAGCUGUUCCAAGAACCGUAUGCGUAUCAGAAGUACUACGAGGCGAAUAGCUGGAGAUUCCAAGGACAGGAAGCGAUGAUCUACCGUGCUGUGCUUCCAAUCUGUCGUUACCUGAUUCGACUGCGGUACAGUUUGAUGCAGCUGAUGUACGACGCCAUGUUUGAGAAUAUGGUUACCGGACUGCCAAUCGCAAGAGCCAUGGUUAUCACCGAUGACAUUGACCGUAGUCUCUUCAGUGCUGAUGUUAGUAUACCUGUACCCAGAGUGUAUACGUUGCUAACCAGUCAGAACCAAAAGUUCACUCGCAGCCAAUACAUGGUGCGAAACGACCUCCUCGUCGCACCAGCCUUGAUCCCGGAAUCCAAGCGCCGCACCCGCAAGUUGUAUCUCCCCUACCCUGACAAGUGGUACACCAUGAAUCUGCGACCCGAUGAAGAUCUUGGCGCUCCUCUGCUUGAACCUGCCAAUGGUGGAAGUAGAAUUGAGUAUGAUUGUCGCAUCAGUGACCAGGAUUCUCAGCUACCCUACGUUACACCGAUGUACAUCCGUGAGGGUGGAAUCAUUCCCAAGAUCAAAGUCCGAGACUACAUCCCUGAUCCUUCGCUUCCUGCACAGGACGUUAAUCCGAUUACACUGCAUGUUUACCCAGGAAAGGACAACACCUACAUCAUGUAUCUUGAUGAUGGUAUCUCGCGAGACAGUGCUCCCGUCGUUGGGCGUGGUCUUAACGUUAGCGAUGAGAAGGCGGCCAACAAAUACUGUCAGGUUGAGAUUUCCCAGACUACCAAAUCCUUCAACGAACAAACUGCAGUUAAGUUCAUUCGCACCGUUACCAUCAAGUCACCUUUCAACGGCUUCGGUGAUCUCGCCUUCAUGAUCGGAACGAAGUACACCCUCGCUCUCUGGCAUGCGCCCUCAGUCGACAUCAACACUGCGAAGGUUGACUCGUCUAACAGCAAUGUCACCUCCAGGACUGAUACCGGAUCUCGGGCUACUGUUGUCAAUGUACCGGUUGCUGAAGCGCAUACCGAGGGUGUGACUAUUCAGGUGGCCUACGCCGAGAUGAAGUAA